CUUUUUUUUUAUUUUUGUUUUGGUAACUGCUGCUAUAAAAAGAAACAACCGAUUUAUUUUUCAAAUCCCGUGUAAAUAGAGAGAGAUACCGAAUUAUAACUACCUAAAGAGAGGAAGUAUAAUUAGUAGUAACUGGGAUGAUCAAACUUAGAUGGUCAUAUCCAUAGACUAAUAGAUAAUGAUAUCAAUUAUAACUCUAUAAUCAUUUACAAUUAUGAUACGUCUUUAUACAGAUCGUCUAGCUAAUUUACACUCUUUGUGUCAAUUAAGUUAUUUAAUUUCUUGUCGCAAAAACACAUAUCUUUGUCAUAAAUAUUUUGUCAUUUCUUAUUUUUCGACAUAACUCAAUGGCCUGCAUAUAAAUUGAUAAAUUUUAAUGAGAUGGGAAGAUGAAGUAAAAGUGAAGAUGAAAACUGUAUGAAGAUGGUUUGAUAAGUGUUAACCAACCAUAUCAUACAAAUAAUAAUACAUAAUGGCUCCUUCUAUGAAGAAAUCUUCAAGAAGAAGAAAGAAGAGAAGAACUGAGGAUUUCUCUUCCGAUUCAGACUCAGACUCAGACUCCAAUUCAAGUGUUCAAAAUACUUCAACCACUAAUAAUAACGAUAACAAUAAUAAUGAUGAUUCCAUAAUAAUAGAUAAUGAUAAUACUACAAAUCAACCAGAUAUAAACUUAAAUGAUAUCGAUAUCGAUUCUGAUUCUGAAAAAUCUCAUAACAAACCAGAUCCAUUAACUCCAAAUAUUCAUAAACAAUUAAAUACCAUCAAAUUAACUACAAAUCAAUUAACUCAAAAUAAUCAUAGUAUAAGUUCCAUACCAAAGGGAAUUGAUACAACUAGUAUAACUAAUCAAAUUAAUCAAGAUCAAAUUCAAUUAAAUAAUCAAUAUUUGAAAUUAAUGACUACAGAAUUUAAUCAAAAUUUAGAUGAAUUAAGAAAAAAACCCGAUUUUAAUGAUAAAUCUUUAAUCAUCUUAGCUAAAGCUUUACAAAAUGGAGGAAAUUUAUUUGAUAAAAGUAUUAUUGAUGAAUUAUUAGAUAAUAAAAAUUAAUUGUAUUAUAGUGUCUGUUUGUCUGUAUAUAGUAAUAAAUAUUAUUAGACUUUUGAUAAAUUUUAAGCAUAAUGUAAAGUAAUAAUAGUGGAGACUUAUUCUUGCCUAAAGUUGCAAGUCAUAAAUCAACCAACAGUUUAAUAAAUAAUUUAAAAUUAUCAUAUUCUUUUAUUUUCCUUGUCAAAGUUAAUCAUAAUCUACUUAAUCAGAGAAUUUAAAUCUAAUUCAUACCAAAGGUUCAUUCACUCAAAAUGUCAAGUUUACCACCUCCUUCUACGAAGAUU